UUUGAGGUUAUGUUAUGAAAUUUCAAACAAUGUUCAAUUUGUGCAUUCCAGUUUAAUCGGUUUCAAGUUAUGACGAUGUGAGAGGUCAGAUGUCAGUUUAAUCGUGUGAUAAGCUUAGGGGCUCGAGCCACGUUCGCGCACCAUGUGAUUGUACCGUUUAGGCAAACAGUGUUUUUUUUUCUAUAGUUAACCUUGGAAACACGCAUACAGCCGAUGAUUUAUACCUCAUCUAGAACAGCAUUCGCCAGUCUAGGCUUGAUUCGUUUCGUGAGGAGGAUGUCUUCAUCUAAGUAUUCUUAUGAGGAGGCGGUGCGGAAGCUGAACCAGCUGCAGUCCAACAAGUCAACCAUAGACCAAAUACGGAAGAAUAUUAAAGCAGGAGAGAAAUGCAACAAUUUGGAAGAAAUGGCGAACUACCUGCAGAGGACCGGGGUGUCGUUGGACCGUCUCGACGAGCUGUCGGUCAUACACGUCGCUGGAACCAAGGGGAAGGGUUCAACAAGCGCAAUGUGCGAGUCAAUAUUACGCGCGCACGGGCACCGCACAGGCUUCUACUCGUCGCCACAUCUGUGCUCCGUGCGCGAACGAGUGCGGCUGUCCGGGCGCGUGCUGUCGCGCGAACAGUUCGCCGCGCAAUGCCAUCGUGUGUACGACGCGCUCACUGACACGCAGGCAUUCGAAGGCGACAUGCCCAAGUAUUUCGCCUUCCUCACCGUCCUGGCGUACAACAUAUUCCUCGAAGAGCGAGUCGACGUCGCCGUAGUAGAAGUCGGGAUAGGCGGCGUCGUGGACUACACGAAUGUGCUCAGGCGGGUCCCAGUAGUGGGCAUAACGACGCUGGGGCUGGACCACACUUCCAUUCUUGGACACACCUUACCAGAAAUCGCCCGAGCGAAGGCAGGCAUCAUGAAGCGGGGCUGCGAGGCGUACACGGUGCAUCAGCCCGACGAAGCGAUGGAUGUUUUAAAAAGUGUCGCUAGCGAUGUUCAGUGUCCACUGACCAUCGUUCCAUCAUACGCAACAUACAACCUACCAACCGACAACAUUCUCCAAGUGGACCUCCCAGCAUACCAGACAAACGCCUCUCUAGCCAUCCAACUCGCGCACGCCUGGCUACGGCACGCGAAACGGAACGCACUCUUAAAAAAACAAAAUUCGAAAAAAGAAAAAGUUGGCGGGAAAAUCUUAAAUUCUAUGUCCAUCGACGCCAUCUUUACUGAAAAUGGAAAGAUUAGCGAUUCUUUUGAUGGGUUUAUUCCUGUUGAAACUAUAGUCGGUUUGAAAGAGUGCCACUGGCCGGGGAGGUAUCACAAAAUAGACGCGGAGUAUGCGACUUUCUACUUGGACGGAGCACAUACGGCCGAGUCUAUGGACAUUUGCGCUAAGUGGUUCCGCGAUACUGUAAGGUCUGAAAACCGAGUUCUCAUAUUUAGCGUAACAGGAGACCGGGACGCCGAAAUUCUUCUAAAACCACUGAAGACGUUGAAUUUCAAUGCAGUAUAUUUCGUCAUACCAACUGCAUACAGCGAUAUUACGAAGAAGAAUGACAACUAUUCUAUAACAGAACAGAAAGAGUUGAUAGAAAGAUGUCGAAGCUGUGCUGAGAUCUGGAAGGCAAAUUAUGACAAUAGUUGUGAAAUAUAUACUAAGGAAAAUGUUUCUGAGGCAUUAAUAAGUAUUAAGCGUUCCUACAAUUCUAUAGAUAAAAAAUCUGUUCUUUUUACUGGUUCUUUAUAUUUAGUGGGAGCGGCUCUGUCAAUUAUUGACCCAAAUUUAACUAGAGAUUAACAAACUUUUUGAGAAAUUUGUACAGUUGAGUUUGACGUU